UAAAGCAAAUGACGUACGAGCCUCAGACGCAGCUUUUCUACCAAGGUAGUUCUAGGCCCGUUCCAGUUUUACUUAGCUUCCUUUUGACAGAUGUCUGAUACGAACCAUCUUAUUGAUCAGGCUGUUGGCACUGAUUCUUCUGAGCAUGAAACCAGUGAGGGCCUGGAAGCUCAGAUACCUCGUGACAGUCAUGGAGCUGAUUUUGGUGUCACAAAUGGAAAUGCAGGUCGCAAUCUGAAGGAGUGGUUGAAGGAACAGUUCUGUGACCAGCCUAUUGAGCACUGUGAGGACACUCGAUUACAUGAUGCUGCUUAUGUGGGGGACUUGGAGACCAUUCAAAGUUUAUUUCAGGAAGAGAGCUUCCAAAGCCGCAUCAACAAGAAAUCUAUGUGGUGUUGUGGGUGGCUGCCUUGUACACCCCUACGGAUUGCUGCUACCGCAGGGCAUGGAAAUUGUGUGGAAUUUCUAAUUCAAAAAGGAGCAGAAAUUGAUCUUGUGGAUGUGAAAGGACAGACUGCCUUGUAUGUUGCUGUUGUGCAUGGACACCUUGAAUGUGCACAGCUCCUUUUGAAAGCUGGUGCUGACCCUAAUGGGAGCCGUCAUCACCGCAGCACUCCCAUAUACCAUGCUGCCCGAGUAGGCAGGGCUGACAUCUUAAAAGAACUGAUCAGAUACGGAGCUGAUGUAGAUGUUAAUCACCAUUUGUCUUCUGGAACCCCAAGCCCAUCUUCUCGACCACUUACAUCUCUGAUGGUCUGUCCUCUGUACAUUAGUGCAGCCUAUCACAACCUCCCCUGCUUCAGGCUUCUUCUACAAGCUGGAGCCAACCCAGAUUUUAAUUCUUAUGGUCCUGUAAACAUUCAAGGCUUCUCCAGGGGUUCUGCAGUAUGUGUCAUGGAUGCAGUCUUACGUCAUGGCUGUGAAGUGGCUUUUGUUCUCCUCUUGAUUGACUUUGGUGCCAACCUGGAUCUGGUGAAAUGGGAAACUCUGGGAGAAGGAGCUAUGGGAAGAAUCAGAGUAAAUCCAGAAGCCUUGCUGGCAUUUCAAGAAGCCCGAAGUCGCCCUAGACGUUUGAUGUCUUUGUGCCGCAUGGCAAUACGAAGGGCUCUUGGGAAACACCGCUUACAGCUGAUACACACUCUUCCAGUCCCAGACCCUAUCACAAAAUUCUUACUUCAUGAACAACAAUGAGCUCUAAUUGGAUGCUUUGAAGACAAUUUCCUUUCCUGGAUUGUACAGAUUGGGCUUGGGUUUUAAAGAGUGAAGUGACCUACUAAAAAGAGGACACAGUAUUUCUUAUUGCUGUUCAAUAUAUUUUUUGGCUAAUGUGAAAAGUAAUUUGCCAUAUCUUUGUUAACAUGCAUUGGAAUUUGGAUUUUAGGAAUGCUGUUUCCAGUAAAUUUGAUAGGAUCAGAUAUAUUAGAAGAAAAUAGAUUAUAUUUCUAUACUAUGGACUCGAAACUUCUGUAUGUAUAUUUAUUUACAAUAAUACAUGCUGCCUUCUCCAAAAUAGCUCAAAGCAGUUCACAUUUAGCUUUAUACACCCUUCUUCCUUUAUGGAUUUAUAACAGAAAGAAGUCGUUUUGUUCUCUGGAAGGUUGCAAUUUAAACUAGACAUUCAUCUUCUCCUUUUGGUUCUAUUUUGGAUCCAAGACUUUUCUUACCACACAAAUGUAUGUAUGUAUGUAUGUAUGUAUGUAUGUAUGUAUGUAUUCAUUUGACUUAUAUGGCCACCCAUCCUAAGUACCAUAACUCUGGGCAGCUUACACCAACAGUAAUAAAACAAUAAAAACCAACAUUCCAAAAACAAGUCCCAGCACCCUAAAAAUAACACUCCUUAAUACACAAACAGUCAUAAUCACUGGGCUCUAGCUUCACCUUAUCCCAUUAUUUGUGUUGACAGCAAGCAAAUGUUGACAAUAGCAUAAUAAUAAUAAUUUGUUAAACUUGUAUGCCGCCUGACUCCCAAUAGCUCUGGGCAGUUCACAACAAUCAAACAAAAAAAUUACAAUAAAACCAGUAAAAUCAAUAAAAAAGAAAAGAUGGCAAGCGUGACAGAUUGGAUUGAGUGAAGCCAAGGGUUUCACUUUUCCUCGCCAAAGGCCUGGGUGAAGAGCUAGGUUUUUAUGGCUCUUCUGAACAACAGCAGAGUGGGGGCCAUCC